AUGAUGGAAAGUUGUCAAGUUAAAAAAUCUAAAAUUAAAUCAAAGCCUAAAAAUUCAGUAUAUAAUAAUCAUCAAUUUAGAAAAAGAGCUCCUCCUAAACUUCCAAAACGUGAAAACGAUAUUUACGUUAACAAUUCCACUCAUCUUCAGUGUCAAAUAACAAAGUGUCAUAAACUCUUUCAAGAAGGUUUUUCCGAAAUUGUUAUUCACGGUUUAGGAGCUGCAGUGAACACUGCCAUUAACAUCGCAUUAAUUUUACAAGAAAAACUUUCACACACUGUAGAUUUAGCUGUAAACACAUCGACGGUGGAAAUUAUUGACGAUUAUCAACCGAUUAACGAUAAUGAAAAAUCCUUUUCUAAAUCCAGAUCGAAUUCUGCCGUUCAUGUGAGAGUUUAUAGAAAACAUAAUUUUUAA